AUGGCUUCAAUACCGACCCCUUCCUACUCCCCUCCGCCGAGCUACGAUUCAAUAUGCGGAAAUCAAUCCAUAACCGAGCCCACAUACGAGCAUGUACAUGAUCACGCACUGAGCGGCCCCUCUGAAACAGUUCGUCAGGCAUCCAGGACUUCAGAACUUUGGUCGUACACCAGCGAGGGUGUACACUUACAGCUUGGCCAUCCAUUCAACGAUACGGCAAGCGAUCUUGUCUCGACAAUUGACUUCGUACUGCCCGCUAUAAAUGGGAAAACUCCCAGUCCCCUCGUACGCCAGGAGCAUCUCAAAGGACAUCUAUCACUUCUGAGGGCAUUCAAUGCGCUCCGUGCGUCCAUCGAAGAAGGGUCUGUCGUAAAUAUUCCGGGCUUGGUGCUGGAGAUGAGGCCCGAUGCAUGGUGGGGUUGGUUUGUUAACUUGGCAGUUGAGCGGUUUGAGCGUUGGUGCCUAUCACUUGAGGAUAACGACGACGUGCUAGACAACCUUCCCCCGAUUGAUGUCGUCAUGGUCUGGCACACAUACUUGCUAAACCCAAAGUGA